GUAUAAGCUAAGGUGUCCCGAGGUCUGGCUGGUGGAGUAAGACGCCCACUCCUGGAGGAUCAUGGGCGCGUAGGCCGUCAUGGGAGUGGGUGCCCCCGCAGAUAAGACGACGCUGGAUCACGGAUAACAUGCCCAAGUGGUGGAGCUGCUGCUGGAGAGAGGGAGAAGCAGUUGCCACCGCAGAAGAGCAACAGCAGUGCCACCGUCAGAGCCCCCUACAGUGUGACCAUCAGAGAGCACAGACCUGCGCUGGGCGGCGGAUAUGACCUGGGCUCAGCUGUAGAAAAUGAGUGAGGAAUCCGAGUCUCUUAACGAGGAGGAACGAAGUUCAUUUCGUCCGUUUACCCGAGACAGUCUAGCUGCUAUAGAAGCACGGGUAGCGGAGGAAAAUGCAAAGAAGAAUGAACUACAAAAGAAGAAGGAGGAGGGAGAGGGAGGUGGAUUGAAAUUUGGAAGGAAAAAGAAAGAAGCUGUCUAUAAUGACGAUGACGACGAUGAAGGACCACAGGCAGAUCCUAACUUGGAGCAGGGGAUGCCCGUUCCUAACCGCCUCAUCCAGCAGUUCCCCGAGGACUUGGUGGGCACGCCCCUCGAGGACAUCGAUCCCUACUACCAUAACCAGAAGACGAUGGUGGUCAUAAGCAAAGGGAAGGACAUUUUUCGAUUCAGUGCCACAGACGCCAUGUGGAUCCUUAGUCCCUUCAAUCCUGUUCGGCGGACAGCCAUUUUCAUUCUCAUCCAUCCCCUCUUCAACCUGUUCAUUAUCUGCACCAUCUUAGCCAACUGCGUCCUCAUGAUUGUGCCGGCCACGGAGAAAGUAGAGGCUUCAGAACGGCGUCGAUUGUAUCCCAACAGGAAGUGUCCGAAAGACUACAUAUGUUUACAAGGCUUUGGCCCCAAUCCCAACUAUGGGUACACAAGUUUUGACACCUUCGGCUGGGCCUUCUUAUCAGCUUUCCGACUGAUGACCCAAGAUUUCUGGGAGAGUUUAUAUCAAUUGGUGCUACGUGCGGCCGGACCUUGGCACAUCCUGUUCUUCGUCUUAAUCAUCUUCAUGGGUUCAUAUUACCUGGUGAACCUCAUUCUGGCCAUCGUCGCCAUGUCCUACGAUCAACUGCAGAAGAAGGCCGAAGAAGAGGAGGAAGCUGCUCUUGCAGAAGAAGAGGCCAUUCGCAAACAACACGAGGAGGCGCAGAAGAUGCACGACAUGGCGAUCCUGAUGGCGCAAGGCGAGAUCGAGGGGUCUGUAGGCAAGUCCCCCUCCAUGUUCUCCAGCAGGUCCUACGGUCUGUACGUGGAUCCCGGAGAUGGCAUUGACGACAACCAGAAGGAGAGUCUGUCCGUGAAGAGCGAAGGAGGCGAGUCAAUCACGGACUCGAAGCCAUCACGCCCCAACGGAAAACUCCCAAGGAAGGCGAGUCUUAGCCUCCCUGGCUCACCUUAUAACAUUCGAAAAGGGUCCCGGGGUAGCCACCAAUUCACCUGGCGGACCGCUAACGGCCGGCGCUUUGGCGACAAGAAGCCUCUGGUGCUGUCCACGUACCUGGACGCACAGGAGCACCUGCCAUACGCCGACGACUCCGCCGCGGUCACACCCAUGAGCGAGGAAAACGGUGCCAUCAUCGUGCCUGUGUAUACCACCCUGGGCUCCCGCCACAACUCCUACACUUCCCACACGUCCCGUAUUUCCUACACCUCCCACGGGGAUCUAAUCAACGGCAAGCCACCCACCAAAGAGUCUCAGCUCCUGAACAGGAUGGCCUCCCACGUCCCAGAGCUGGACAAUAAGCAUAUGCUGCAGAUGCUACCGCUCAGACUGGAGGGCGAAGCAUUGACUAAGAAGGAUGACGAAGUUAUUGAUAACAUCAUUCGGGAAAUAUUUGGCCCUGAUAUCAACCUAGAAUAUAUCGACAAAGAUGCAUCGGUUCAAGGCACUCCUCUAGGAAGGUCCAAAGAGAAUGUGGUUGACACGUCAAUGGAACAGGAGGAGGUGUUGCAGUUCAAGUUGAAGAACCCGGACGCCAACCCGUUCAUCGACCCCAUCCAGAAACACGCCGUCCUCGACAUGCGAGAUGUGAUGGUCCUCAAUGAGAUCAUUGAGCAAGCUGAGGCACAGGCGGGAAGACAGAGCCAAGCCAGUGAACAUGCAGUUUCUUACUAUUAUUUCCCUGCAGACGAGGAGGAAGAGACUCUUAAGGAUAAGAUCAAGCGAAAAGUGUACGAAUACUUGAUGAAAGGCAUCGACCUCUUCUGUGUCUGGGACUGUUGUAGGGUUUGGGUCAGAUUUGCAGAAUUUGUUGAGACCAUUAUCUUUGAUCCAUUUGUGGAAUUGUUCAUCACUCUCUGUAUCGCCGUCAACACACUCUUCAUGGCCAUGGACCACUACGGCAUGAACAAGGAUUUUGAAAACUUCUUGAAGACUGGAAAUUACUUUUUUACGGCCACCUUCAGUAUCGAGUGCUUCGCCAAAAUCAUCGCCAUGAGUCCCAAGUAUUACCUCCAAGAAGGGUGGAAUAUCUUCGACUUCAUCAUCGUGGCGCUGUCGCUACUCGAGCUGGGUCUUGCCAAUGUGUCUGGCCUGUCGGUGUUGAGGUCGUUUCGAUUGCUUCGUGUCUUCAAACUGGCGAAGUCUUGGCCGACACUCAACCUCCUCAUUUCCAUCAUGGGUAAGACCGUUGGCGCCUUGGGUAACCUGACCUUCGUCUUGUGUAUUAUCAUCUUCAUUUUCGCCGUCAUGGGCAUGCAGCUCUUCGGCAAGAAUUACACAGACAACGUGAGCCGCUUCAAGCCGAGCGCCGACGGCCAACUGCCGCGCUGGAACUUCAUAGAUUUCAUGCACUCGUUUAUGAUCGUGUUCCGGGUGCUGUGCGGAGAGUGGAUCGAGAGUAUGUGGGACUGCAUGCUGGUUGGCGAUUGGCCAUGCAUCCCCUUCUUCUUAGCCACUGUCGUCAUCGGAAACUUGGUCGUACUGAACCUUUUCCUGGCCCUGUUGCUGAGCAGCUUCGGCGCCUCGAACCUGUCGGCGCCCGUGAGCGACGGAGAACCCAACAAGCUCGCUGAAGCUUUCGACCGCAUCGCCCGCUUCAAGCUGUGGGUGAAGCGAACGGCCAUGAACGGACUGAAGCUGGUCCGGUCCAAGCUCACCAACCAGAUAAGCGACCAGACUCCAGUGUUGGCACGGCGUCUUACAGACCCUCGAGGCGUGGAGGCCGACGAGAUCCUCGCAGACGGACAGACCCUGUGCAAGAAGAUGGCGAAGGACCACACGCAGGUCGACAUCCCCAUGGACGGAAUCGACCUCGUAGGUGAGUCGAACGGAGCGAUGGGAGGACGUCUCGAGCUUUUUCCUCGGGCAGACGACGGGAAGAUGAAGAACAACUCCGUCAUCAACAACAGCAAACACAUCGGCAACUCGAUCGGCAAGGACAACCGUGACGUCAUCGAGAACGACUACAGUAACAAGAAGAUCGUCCGGCUGGAGGAGGACGCCGUCAGCAACAACUCCCUGGGCUCACACAAGAACCAGAAGCUAAAGAGCGACAGCGGAAGCCACAAGGGGUCGACGGAAUCCCUCGAUGACGGAGAGGAGAAGAAAGAUGCCAGUAAGGAGGACCUCGAGGAUGGUAUGCUACUUGAUGAUUUCCAGGGAUCGAGCGGGGACGAGGAGAUGGGAGACGAGGAAAACGCGAUGCCCAUUAUGGACACCGGAAGUAACGUGGGCCUGGACUACCCUUCGGAGUGUUUCAAGGAGAGCUGUUACAUCAAGUGUCCCUGGUGUAGGGGCGACCCCGAAUCUCCGUUCUGGCAAGGCUGGGGCCACCUGCGUCUCAAGACCUAUCAGCUGAUCGAGAACAAGUACUUCGAAACGGCCGUCAUCACCAUGAUUCUGCUGUCCUCAAUGGCCUUGGCGCUGGAGGACGUCGAUCUGAAGGGCCGGCCGGCGCUCCAGGAUAUCCUGUACUACAUGGACAGGAUCUUCACGGUCAUUUUCUUCAUUGAGAUGUUGAUCAAGUGGGUUGCGCUUGGCUUCGCUAAGUACUUCACCAACGCCUGGUGUUGGCUCGACUUUCUCAUUGUCAUGGUGUCCUUGAUUAACCUUGUGGCAACCCUGGCCGGCGCAGGCAAAAUUCAGGCGUUCAAAACGAUGCGAACGCUGCGUGCGCUGCGUCCCCUGAGGGCCAUGUCCCGGAUGCAGGGCAUGAGGGUCGUCGUGAACGCUCUUGUGGGUGCCAUUCCCUCGAUCGUAAAUGUGCUCCUCGUGUGCCUCAUCUUCUGGCUUAUCUUUGCAAUCAUGGGCGUGCAACUCUUCAACGGCAGGUACCACAAGUGUCUUAACGCUGAUAGUGUGAGGGUGGACGCAGAGGAAGUGCCCGACAAAUCACACUGCAUCAGGUUGAACUAUACGUGGGAGAACAGCGAGGUGCAUUUCGACCACGUGGGCAUGGCGUACCUCGCGCUAUUCCAGGUGGCCACGUGGAAGGGAUGGAUCCAGAUCAUGAACGACGCCAUUGACGCCACUCAGCUGGAACAGCAACCUCGGCGUGAGCACAACAUCUAUAUGUAUUUGUACUUCGUGUUCUUCAUUAUCUUUGGCUCUUUCUUCACCCUCAACCUCUUCAUCGGUGUCAUCAUCGACAACUUCAAUGAACAGAAGAAAAAGGCAGGAGGCUCUCUCGAAAUGUUCAUGACUGACGAUCAGAAGAAAUACUACAACGCCAUGAAGAAAAUGGGUUCCAAAAAGCCCUUGAAAGCUAUUCCAAGACCACAGUUCCGCCCACAAGCCGUGGUGUUCGAGAUAGUGACCAGCAAGAAGUUUGACAUGAUCAUCAUGAUUUUCAUCGGACUGAACAUGCUUACGAUGACUUUGGAUCACUACAAUAUGACCGAGGAAUGGAAGAUGGUGCUCGACUACCUGAAUCUCGUCUUCAUAUGCAUCUUCACCUCCGAAUGUGUCUUGAAGGUGUUCGCCCUCCGUUGGCACUACUUCAAGGAGCCGUGGAAUCUCUUCGACUUCGUAGUGGUCAUCAUGUCUAUCCUUGGCCUGGUGCUGAAGGACAUUAUCGAGAAGUACUUCGUUUCCCCGACAUUGCUUCGAGUGGUUCGCGUGGCGAAGGUGGGGCGAGUCCUGCGUCUGGUAAAGGGAGCCAAGGGUAUCAGGACGCUCCUCUUCGCCUUAGCCAUGUCCUUGCCCGCGCUCUUCAACAUCUGUCUGCUGCUUUUCCUCGUUAUGUUCAUCUUUGCAAUCUUCGGCAUGUCAUUCUUCAUGAACGUCAAACACACUGGGGCCUUGGACUCUGUUUACAACUUCGAGACGUUCUUCCAGUCUUUCAUUUUGCUGUUCCAAAUGAUGACGUCAGCUGGGUGGGAUGGUGUACUUUCUGGCAUUAUCAAUGAGAGGGACUGCCGGCAGCCUGAUCCGGAGACCGGCGAUCCUGGUAACUGUGGUAGUCAACCCAUUGGUAUCGCUUACCUAAUGGCCUACCUGGUAAUGACCUUCCUCAUCAUUAUCAACAUGUACAUCGCUGUCAUCCUCGAGAAUUACUCCCAGGCAACAGAAGAUGUGGAAGAAGGUCUCACCGACGAUGACUACGAUAUGUACUAUGAGAUCUGGCAGCAGUUCGAUCCCAAAGGCACACAGUUUAUCGAAUUCUCUGCUCUCUCUGACUUCAUGGAUGUACUAGAGCCUCCCCUUCAGAUUCACAAGCCAAACAAGUACAAAAUCGUGUCAAUGGAUAUCCCCAUUUGCAAAGGAGACCUUGUAUUCUGCGUUGAUAUCCUUGAUGCAUUGACUAAGGACUUCUUCGCUCGUAAAGGUAAUCCAAUUGAAGACUCUGGCGAUAUGGGUGAAGUAGGACCUCCUACAGACAGGCCUGGUUACGAACCAGUGUCCUCAACGCUAUGGCGUCAACGUGAAGAAUACUGCGCUCGACUAAUACAACAAGCGUGGCGCAAACACCGACAGCAUAAGGAUUUUUCUUCGCUAUCUGGAACAGAUUCCCAAGAAGAUAUCAAGCAAGCAGAUACCGCCGUCCUGGUGGAAAGUGAUGGAUAUAUAACAAAAAACGGCCAUAAGGUGGUGAUUCACUCGCGAUCACCAUCGUUGACGUCACGGUCCACAGAUGUGUGACUGAAAAAGGCGAGUAAAUAAGUUGUUGCUUUUUAUCUACUAACAGGAGCCAGUUGUGAAUAGUCUUGCUGGAAGGUGGCUGGGGUAACGGUCGCCUGCCAGGUGAAAAGGCUUGGCUAAAUCCCACAAGGCUCUGGCAUUAGCUAUAUUUAAAUCCGCCAUUAACGAACAGUUUACCUUUUGGUGUUGGCGGUUGGACCACUCUUGCUCGGGAACACUUCACUCCUAAUGCCUUGUUGUUUAAGUUUACAGUCCAACUGUCCUCAUCAGCUUCCCGAUCUUCGAGUGCCGCGCCCUCUGUGCAGAUAUUACUGGCCUAAGUGAUUCACUAUAUGUUUAUUUUUGUAUUUAAUAUUCUGAAUGAUUAUUAGGCCCUUAGUUACCCGUCUUGGUACUGCUGCUGGGUUCAAGCGAGGCUGGGUGCGCCUGCUCUUCACGACUAUCACUCUUAGUUGGCGCGGAGGUGACACGAAGCCUGAUGACACUGCCACCCAUGGCCGCCCACACACGCCCACGCUCACAGUAUUGUUAACACCCGGUGUAUGAAGCACCGACAACACCACAUCCCAUCCCCGAGGACGGCCAGGGUGUGCACCAGACCGAGGCAGCAGUAAAACAAACGGAAAAGUGGGAAGAAACAAUUCAGCGCCAUGAGGGGGUUGUGUCAUGGAGUGACUGUGUACAUACGUUGCGCAGGCGGGCGGAGUGGUGCUUAGUGUUCCUACGUGACAUGGAAAGGGCUCGUAGAAUGCGCAUAUUCCAUCGGCAACAAUAUGAGUUCUCAGCAAGUAUUAGAAAAAUAAAACACCAACAGCAUAAUUCAAACCAUACUCAACAGUGUGAUACACAAUGCCUUUAUAUAAGUGCAAGCCGUGCAUAAUGUAAAUAGCAUGGAGGAACUUGUAUUGUAAAUGAGUCUUAAGAUCGCGCCACCCAGCCCUAACCUCCAUCCUGCUACCUAACCCCACCCAUUGUUUUCCAAUCCUACACAUCCCUCUCCCGCAUCCUUCCCUUUGUUAAUCACCUUUUUUAUCUUCCUUUUCCUCCCAUCACCAUGAUAGUGUAUCGAAAGGAACCCUCUCAAUAAGGUUAUCCAUUCUGGUUGCUCAGCGUCUUGUUUGCUAUCGUCUCUACCUCUUCCUCGUGGUUUUUAAAGGAUAUGUGACAGUAUUCCUGCAAAACUUGAUCCUGCACUUUCUGAAGCACAAUCAAUGCUGUUUGUUGACUAUUUUAUUAUUGUGCAUGUCCAUACGUUCAUUAACUUCCCCGACGCUUGGACAUAGCCAUUCAUAUGUUCUGUACUAUGAGUGUAUGUUCACAGGCAAUAAUUUGAUGAUUUUGAACAUAUUUUUUUUCUCAGUCGUAACCUCAGCAUUUUCAUUGUCAGUACAUGGUUGUUGAGUGAAUGUUUAUGUCAACUUCCCUACGCCUGCUGUUCUUUUGAGGAGUGUGAGUAGCAUAUUUACAUUCCCUCGAGGGAAUCGUGUUGGUGAUGUUGGUGCUGCGUGUCUCCUUCUUCCCCAUGCGGAGGCUCUGGCGAAUGGCGUCACCUAAUGCGAAAUCGCAGCAUUGCUCAAAAUUUCUCAUCUACUUUUUUCAGUGCCUUGUUUGAAAGUGUCAGUCGAUACAGAUGUUGGAGUGCUUACUAACUGUAACAGCACUUUUCCUCUCUUUUAAGUCGAUGGUUAAAGUAAAUUUGACUAUCGACGGUAUCGUGGCGCUAAAAGAUACAGAACAAUCAGCAUGAUGAUCUUAUUGGAAAACUAUAUGGCAAUAAAGUUGAGAACUGAAACUCGAGGAAGAGGUAAGAGGUCAACAGACAGACACGGUGCUGGUCUGAGGGCGGCGAGGGACGUUCUUCCCUGAGAGCGGUGAGCAGUACCCGCUGCGUCCUCUUCCCCCCCUGUGACGUGGUAUAACUCCGCCCCUCUCGCCUGCCGUGCCGCAUUCACAAGUCCUGUAGCCUGUGGUUGUUGAUCUUAUGAUGGGUGUCAGGCUUCAUAUCCCCAGUGUCUGUACCUUGGGUUGGAAAAAAAUCUCAGCAUCUGCAUUAAUUCAGCAGAUAAUUUCUUAAUAGCCUAACCCUUCGAUACACAUCGUAACUAUGUAAAAUAAGGGUAUUGUUGAAAAUUUUACUAUGAACCUUUUCAAGUGAUUGGUUAUUAAUUGGAUUGUAUUCUAUGCCAUGAUAAUACUCCAGGCUUGACUGUGCUGGCGCGAGUGGGCAUGGUGCCACUAUGGCAGCCAAUCAACGAGCGACUCUGUUUCCCUCCAGGGCGGCACGCCGCCCCUUGUUUGUAGUAGGUGAUGGUAGGUCAGUGCAGGCCCCUGAGGGCCUCGCUCUCAGUGUAUUGUCCACCGCUACACCGCUCGGCCAUCACACGGCACUCUGCCCUCUCGACCAUACAACAACGGCUUGUAACUGCAGACACUAACUUUUAAGAGACAGUGCUGUGAAACUCCUUCAGAUUUGUACAUCUCUUUGUUUGCAACAUGGAGUGCCCCACCGGAGCUCACGGCUCUCCACACCUCAUCCAUAUUCUACACUAAAUUAUUCUGCCGUUGUCGAUGGGGCACUCGCAAGCACUCGGUUAUCAUUCCUUUGGUUAAUAUCCACUUGUGAUACCAAUUAUGUAAUAUUCAAACUGUUAUAUUCUUGAUAUACAAAUUUGUUUUCUAUUCUCAAGUUUGCAAUGAGAUGUAAUAGUUUAAAGCUACGCCCUUUUGUAAGUUAACCCGCGGAGAGCAAGGGAGACUCGCAGAGGUGGCGGCACCUGCUACACCUCUUCCCCACGUGUAGUAGGUCUGUCAUCUGGAGAACUUUGGUCCGGAUGAUGUGUAUAGGCACGAACAAUGCGCUUUUUUUAAGUCUAUCAGUUUUUAUUUUUUUACUCCCUUGCCUUCUGCAUUAACAAGUGUGUGACAACGACAAGGCUAUUUACUUCAAGCUUGCGUCAAAUUAUGUGGUUUGCGGAGAUUACACGAACGACAGCGAAUGAGUUGCCCGAACUCACUCACGACGUCGCCAGGACGGUGUUCUACCAUGGUGUUCCGGUUCCAUGAAGCUACUGCUGUCGUGUGGCUGUGGAGAUGCACGUUAGAUGACAACCGAGAGAACGCGGGCGUUGAUGGCUGCAUAAACUGAAAUUACCAAAUACAUGGAAUCUGUGGCGCUUUGGUAUUUGUAGAUAGUUAAGUUGAUCACUGACUCGAAGGAGACAGAUGAAAUAAACCAAAAAGAGAUAUCUCUUGAUCCAUGGGAAUAUACCGACUAAUAAACUGUGCCCUUGAAGAUCAGUCAAAAAGAAGGAACAGAUGAUGGUCCAUGUGCAAAAAUUGCAAGGAGAAUCACCAACAGAACACGAAGAUUCCCCAAGAAUACAGAAGGCGGUGAGAAAAUCCAACCACGAGCGAGACGCACUGAGGACCUCUUAACACCACUUCGGCAGUGACCUCUCUCACUCCUUCCUUGGAGUAUUCAUUCGUGCCAGGGACAUGGGCAAACGAGAGACCAAAACAAAUGUACUCUUGUUGAUUUCGAUGCUCAUGUUGGCUGAUAUUGUAUUGGCCACCAUCGUCAGUGUCAGCCGGACUGCUGUAGCUCUGUUAUGAAUCGCCAAUCACUAGUUGACUGUAUGCUUCGUCAAUCUUUCAAAAUACUUACGACUGAGUCCACUAAAAAUAAAAAAAGGAUGUCAAGUUUAGUUUACAAAACACCACGCCAAGGAAGCUUUGAUGAUGGGAGGCACCGUCUCUUGGAGCGGAGAUUGCUAGAUGCUUGUACUAGUACCCUGCACAACACUCACUCAGCGCGUUAUUAUGAAAAUUAAGCUCUGGAAGUUUUCUUUAUCCAAAAACUUUAAGAAUCAUUGUAGCUUGCUUAGAAAUUGCAAACAAAAAUGUAUCAUGAUGUUCUUCACAUACUCUCAACAAUGUACCAACGAUCAUCCUGUGUGAGAACUUGGUGUUGUAGCCCGGUGGCUGGCAUGUAAAGUAUGCUGAUGUAAAUGUGCGACAUGUCAUGUAUACUGAUGUGCACCUCCUGACAUACCAGACAUACUGAUGUGUAGUUACUAACAUAUUAGUUACACUGUUGUGCUGAUGCAGACAUACCAAACACAUUGUGUAGUUAACAUACUGGAUACACGGUAGAGACGGUUAUAUUAAUGCACAGACAAUGACAUAUCGGGGACACUGUUGUGUGAUCAUUAGCAUACCAGUUGCCUUAUUUAGUUGAUAAAUGCUAGUACUCCAUGUUUCAGAUUCAGAAACUAGAAGUUCGUAUUUUUUAUUUAUAGUUACAUAGUUGCACAGUAAGAAAACAUUGCAUAUAGAUCCACAAGUAUAAUGAUGCCUAUUCAUUAAACAGCUGUGUAGUUAUUCUAAAGGAUGCCCCCGUGCAGCUAUAGACAUGCUAGUUGCACCAAUGCGCAGUCACUAUCAUUAUUAAUUUUAUGAAUAUUGGCAUAACGUUAUCUUCCUAUGCAAUGCUAAUAUUUUUUUUCACAUUUAAAUUUUUUUAAUACAUUGAAUUAUAAUGCUAUUUAGUAAGUCACACUGCUUCAAGUAAGACAUAGUGGCAUACCGAAUACACGUUUCAGUAAAACACAAAAACGGCUUACAUUUGUACAUCUGCAGAUCACAAAAAGUGAAUUUUAACAGUAGUUAACUGGAUCCUCAGUUGUAUCGUUAGUAACAGGAACAUAUACUUCUUUUCAUUUCUAGCUAUAUACACCCAAAGUCUGCUGUUCUGGUAUUUUCGUUUAGCACACAAAGUGUACUGCCAUGUUAUACUAACACACAUGGUGUGAUAUUCUGCUAUGCUAACACAUUGUGUGUCUUGUCUGCACACCAUGUAUACUGUUAUGUUGUACUAACACAAGGUGCGUUGUUAUGCUAUGCUAACACAUAAGCGUUUUGUCUGCACACCAUGUGUACUGCUAUGUUGUAUAAUUACAUUAGGCUCAUUGCCUUCAUAUUCCAUUUUAAAAAUGUGUUAUAUGGCUACAGUGCCACAUCAUGUGUAUUUACUAUGUUGUAUUAACACACGAGGUGCGCUGCUGUGUUAUAUCAGUACAUGGAAUACAUUUUUGCAAUGCUCUCACUCGCUGCUUCGAUGCCUUUCUUUGUCAGUUUUGAGAAUUAAUUGCCAUAUUAUACCAGCAGAGGAUUGCCUUGCUGACGUAGACUCCGAUUUGACAGUCAAGCACGUGAUCGAUGCUAUGGUAUGGCAGUGCAUCGGGAUAACUUAAGUUCAUCUCAGUUACUUGGCUCAUGUCAUGUUUUAUCUCAUGUUAUGGGGGUUUCGAUAUGUUGUUCCUUAGUAGUUCUGGUUUCUUAUCCAAGUUUUUGUUUUGUUUUUGUAUUUUUUCCGAAUCUCAUUUUGUAUUCUAUAUUCGUUGUAUUGUUCUACGUACUGUUUAACAUGACAGGGAACCCCGGUGUUAGGUGAUGGCUACAGAGAAAGGAAAAAAAAAUAAUUAUAUAUAUCCGUGGGGAUGUAGUUACAAGGUAUAAUGCUGUGUAGUAUCUAUCACAACAGGUAUGCUAAUAAACUAUAUUUUCAUGGUCCCUCCAACGCAAAAUUAUUCGAAAGCCUGCGGGAGUGUACAUUGUUUGGCAUUCGUCUACGUUCAUCAUAGCAUUCAUUAAAUGAGGACAAAUCUAUGUUGAUGUGAGAGCGGAAAGGGUCUCAUUUCAAGGAAUAAUGAAUAACCUUUUGUCACUGCUCGUUAGGAAUGUUGACCAUGUAUGUUCCCGCAGCAGUGCAUGCGGCGCGCUUGCUAGACUGACCAGGAGAACCCGACCACUCUGUUAUGGUCUCCGCAAACACAUGCCUGCCGUUGGUAGCCAAGUGGUAUACUACUAAUAACCCUAAUAAACAAAUGGCAUUACUUUCAUUCUACAUUCAGCCUUUUUGCUUGCACUUUGUAUAAUGUUUUGAAUUUCACAGUUUGUACCAUAUUAUCUGUAAAUAAUACGUCAUCGAAUAAAUUUUUGAUAAUUUACCACGAAGAAAAA